AUGAAAAAACCAGCUAACGUGGACGUUGACCAUGCUCUGUGUACAUGGUUUUUACAGGCACGAACUAGUGGAAUACCAGUUACCGUGUCACUUCUACAGAGCAAGGCACUGGCGCUGAACGAAGAAUUGGGUGGCAGUCGAAAUUUCAAGGCCAGUAACGGCUGGUUCUGGCGAUGGAGGCACCGAAAAGGGAUUCGUAGGUUGACAAUAGCUGGCGAAAAAUUGUCGGCGAAUACCGAAGCCGCAGAUAACUUCAAAGUUGAAUUUUCGAACACAAUAAAGAACGAAAAACUUAUACGAGCGCAAAUUUUCAACUUUGACGAAACUGGGCUGUGGUAUAAAACAAUGCCUAACAAAAUUAUGGCUGCAAGGGAAGAGACUCAAGCUCCGGGCUUUAAGAAUUCAAAAGACCGCGUUACGAUUGGUGCAUGCUGCAACGCUGAUGGCUCUUUCAAGUUACCGCUCGUAGUAGUCGGUAAAUCUGCUCGACCGCGAGCUUUCAAAAACAUUUCUCCAAAAAAUCUCCCAGUUUCAUAUAAGCACCAGAAUAGUGCUUGGAUGGAUUCCUCUAUUUUUACGGAUUGGUUUACAAACGAAGCGCAUCCAUCUAUCAAAGUAGAUGAUAUCAACACGAUAUUCCUGCCGCCAAAUGUAACCUCACUCAUCCAGCCACUCGACCAAAGGAUCUUGGAAGCCAUGAAGAGGCGAUACAAAAUUCGGCUCGUUUCGUCGAUUUUGGAUGAACAGGAGCAAAACAACACUCCCGUUGAAGUCCGUCUAAAAAAAAUUACGAUAAAAGAUGUUGUCGAAUGGAUCGACGAUUCCUGGAGGCAGAUAAGCCCAACUACCAUCUACAAAUGUUGA